GCGCGGCCCGCAGGGCGGGACCCGAGUGCGACAGCACGGCCGGCGGACCGGGGCUGGUCGUGGGAAAACGAAACUGAGGGAAGCGGCGGCGGCUCUGGCAGUGGCAGGGCCAGGCUUGGUGGCUGCGGCGGCGGCAACAGCGGCCUGACCCCCCUCCGCUCCCUGGCAGCUCGCCCUCCCCCCUCAGCUAACAAUGAAGAGGAGAAGUGAUCCAGAAUGCACUGCCCCUAUCAAGAAACAGAAGAAAAGAGUUGCAGAGCUUGCCCUGAGCCUCAGCUCCACGUCCGACGAUGAACCUCCCUCCUCUGUCAAUCAUGCAGCAAAAGCGUCUGCCACAAGCCUAAGUGGAUCUGACAGCGAGACUGAGGGGAAGCAGCGUAGCUCUGACUCUUUCGAUGAUGCAUUCAAAGCAGACUCCCUUGUGGAGGGAACUUCCUCUCGCUAUUCUAUGUAUAAUAGUGUCUCCCAGAAGCUUAUGGCCAAGAUGGGCUUCAAGGAAGGUGAAGGAUUGGGUAAAUACAGCCAGGGUCGGAAAGACAUCGUUGAGGCCUCUAAUCAGAAGGGUCGAAGAGGCUUGGGUCUGACUCUGCAAGGCUUUGACCAAGAGCUGAACGUAGAUUGGCGAAGUGAGCCAGAGCCCAGUGCCUGUGAGCAGGUGUCAUGGUUCCCAGAAUGUACCACUGAAAUUCCUGACACUCAGGAAAUGAGCGAUUGGAUGGUUGUGGGAAAGAGAAAGAUGAUUAUUGAAGAUGAAACAGAGUUUUGUGGGGAAGAACUGCUUCACAGUGUGUUGCAGUGUAAGAGUGUGUUUGAUGUCCUGGAUGGGGAGGAGAUGCGGCGAGCUCGGACCCGGGCCAAUCCUUACGAGAUGAUCCGAGGAGUCUUCUUUCUAAAUAGGGCAGCAAUGAAGAUGGCUAACAUGGAUUUUGUGUUUGAUCGCAUGUUUACAAAUCCACGGGACUCUUAUGGGAAACCACUGGUGAAGGACCGGGAAGCCGAGCUUCUGUACUUUGCUGAUGUUUGCGCAGGCCCAGGUGGCUUCUCAGAGUAUGUGCUGUGGAGGAAGAAGUGGCAUGCGAAGGGCUUUGGAAUGACUCUGAAGGGCCCUAACGACUUCAAGCUGGAGGACUUCUACUCGGCCUCCAGUGAGCUCUUCGAACCCUACUAUGGUGAGGGUGGGAUCGAUGGAGAUGGAGACAUCACCCGCCCAGAGAACAUCACUGCUUUUCGGAAUUUUGUCCUGGAUAAUACAGAUCGCAAGGGUGUCCACUUUCUGAUGGCAGAUGGGGGUUUCUCAGUGGAAGGGCAGGAGAACCUACAAGAGAUCCUCAGCAAGCAGCUGCUGCUCUGUCAGUUCCUCAUGGCGCUCUCCAUUGUCCGGACAGGAGGCCACUUCAUCUGUAAAACUUUUGAUCUGUUCACACCAUUCAGCGUGGGGCUCAUCUAUCUGCUGUACUGCUGCUUUGAACGAGUAUGUCUCUUUAAGCCGAUUACUAGCCGUCCGGCCAACUCAGAGAGGUAUGUGGUGUGCAAGGGCCUGAAGGUGGGCAUAGAUGACGUGCGGGACUACCUCUUCUCAGUGAAUAUUAAACUCAACCAGCUGCGGAACACUGAUUCCGACGUCAACCUUGUGGUCCCCUUGGACGUGAUUAAGGGAGACCAUGAAUUUACUGACUACAUGAUACGGUCCAACGAGAGCCACUGUAGUCUGCAGAUCAAAGCUCUGGCCAAAAUCCAUGCCUUUGUUCAAGACACGACCCUGAGUGAGCCUCGGCAGGCAGAGAUCCGGAAAGAGUGCCUCCGACUUUGGGGGAUCCCAGACCAGGCUCGAGUUGCUCCUUCUUCCUCAGACCCGAAAUCUAAGUUCUUUGAGCUAAUCCAGGGCACUGAGAUUGACAUUUUCAGCUAUAAGCCCACGCUGCUCACCUCCAAAACCCUAGAGAAGAUCCGCCCAGUGCUCGACUACCGCUGCAUGGUGUCUGGCAGCGAGCAGAAGUUCCUUAUCUGCCUGGGGAAGUCCCAGAUCUACACGUGGGAUGGCCGCCAGUCAGACCGCUGGGUCAAGCUGGACCUGAAGACAGAGCUACCCCGGGACACUUUGCUCUCUGUGGAGAUUGUUCACGAGCUGAAAGGGGAGGGGAAGGCCCAGCGGAAGAUUAGUGCGAUCCACAUCCUCGAUGUCCUUGUGCUGAAUGGCAGUGACGUGCGGGAGCAGCACUUUAACCAGCGAAUUCAGCUUGCUGAGAAAUUUGUGAAAGCUGUUUCCAAGCCCAGUCGGCCUGACAUGAAUCCUAUCAGGGUAAAGGAGGUGUACAGGCUGGAGGAGAUGGAGAAGAUUUUUGUCAGGUUAGAGAUGAAGAUCAUCAAGGGCUCCAGCGGCACACCGAAGCUCAGCUACACGGGGCGAGAUGACCGGCACUUUGUGCCCACUGGCCUCUACAUUGUCAGGACAGUGAAUGAGCCAUGGACUAUGGGAUUCAGCAAAAGCUUCAAGAGGAAGUUCUUCUACAACAAGAAAACCAAGACCUCUACCUUUGACCUCCCUGCAGACUCCAUUGCCCCAUUUCACAUCUGCUACUAUGGCCGGCUCUUCUGGGAGUGGGGGGAUGGCAUCCAUGUGCAUGACUCCCAGAAGCCCCAGGACCCAGACAAGCUGUCCAAGGAGGAUGUCCUCUCCUUCAUCCAGACGCACAGCGCCUGACAGCCUGGGGACGCCCACCCCUGCCGAAUGGCCCGUCAUUCCCUGUCCGGGCGCUCUGCCUGGGGCCCACAGGACUGGUUCCUCUCCCAUAGUGGAAAGGGACUGGGGAGCACAGGCACUGCAGCCUGGCCGUGAGGGGUGGGUGGUCUCCUCUGCAUCUCCCUUGAAGAGCUGUCAGGGGCCUUCGGAGGACACUCACGUUCCUUCUGGGACACCUUUUGGACUUCGCUCCCCUGCCUGGGAACUGUCUUCCCUGCCAGGACUCAGCCUGAAGGACGCGCUCCUAUGGCGGGUUUGAGGUCAGGGCCCAGGGCACAUGGGGCUGGUGGAGGACAUGUCAGAGAGCAGCAGGGCUUUGGUUCUGCCGGCCUCUCCUGUAUCCUGUAGACUCACUUUUCUGAGUUGCAAGCAUUGCCCUGAGGGCGGCCAUGCCCCUGCUUUGCCCAACUUUUUCUUGGGCCAACCCUCAUGGGUGGAAGCCCACUCUAGUGAGCUGGCCAGGAGCAGCUGCUGUACAAAUCAAGGUUUUGUUUCUUUGAACUUGCUCUGUUUUGAUGCCAAGUUGGAGAAAAUUUUCUUGUCUCCUCCCUGACCCCUGUCCUGUUCUUCCCUGGAGUUCUUCCCAGCCCAGACCUCUGACAGUCCCGCAGGCCGGGAAGGGAGGCAUGUGGGCCCCACAUCCCUGACACCACAUUGGGAUGCAGGUAGUGCUGUCUUUGUGGAUGUGACUGCCUCCUGGGGUUGUAGAGCCUUCCUGGGCCCCAGCCCCUUUUGAUCCGAACCUUGGGCAGCUCUAGAAGGGGAGGAAGCGGCCUUGAAGACUUGCCUUUUUCUAUGUGCCAGCAGCAGUGGCCCCACCGUAACGGGGGGUACCUCCCGGGUUGGGUCGCACCCAGCCCUCUGGCAAUCAUGGCACCCCUGUUUGCCACAGCCACCUUGCUACCCUCCCCCCCCCCUUUUUCUUCCUCAGUAGGAGGUACAGUCGCUUUUGUUCUUUUGUGGUCACUCCAUUUCCUCUGUCUUGGCGGAGGGGGACGAAGGGAAGCUGGGCAGUAGCUUUGGGUGGGGGAGGGCACCUGUGGUUGUUUUUAAUGGGAAAUACCUCUCAGAGAUGCUCAUCCAGGCUCCCUAGGGCCCCAUCCCACUGCUACACUGGUUUCCAUGGAGACAGGGCACUGAGGCUCCCCAUGAGGUUGGAAUUGACUCCACCUCAGGGGUCUCCAGCCAGCCUCCAGCCCCUCCCCCCAGGUUGGCAGCAGCACCGCUAAGAUGCUGUAUUUCCACCCAAUUCUGGGUAUAUCAGUGUGUCUUGCAGAAUCCUGGGUCAUUAAAGAUAAACAUAUUUUUAA